GCCGCCGCCGCCGCCGCCGAAGCGGCGGCGGGGCCGCUGCCGCACGGCCGUGGAGGACCUCGCCCGGUGGCGCGGCUGAAGCCCGAGCUGUCAAGGCAGCUUCAGAUCGAGAUGGGGCACCCGUGGGUCUACGACGACGAGGUGCAGAACAUCAGCCAGCUGGGAAAGCACGACCCCGGCACCAUCGUGGACCUGGCGGCCCCAGACGGCGCGCCGCUCGGCGUCGGGGUCCUGAACCGACAGGCCUCCAUCGUCGUCCGGCGCCUCGGCGGCCUCGACAGCGGGGCCGAGGUCACGCAGGAGCUGCUGCGCCAGCGGCUGCGCGCCGCCUUCGCGGAGCGCGAGCGUCGCUGUGCCGGCGGUGGCGACGGCGUCAGCGCCGAGUACUGUCGCGCCGUCAACGGCGAGCAGGACGGCCUGCCGGGCAUGUUCGUCGACCGCUUCGGCAGCGCCGCCGUGGCCACGUUCGAGUCGGUAGGCUCCGCGCGGCUGGAGUUCCUGGUGCAGGAGGAGCUGACGCGGUGGAUGGGGAAGCUGCGCUUCCUGGCCGUGCACCGCAUGGUGGCCGCCAAGGAGAAGUGGGCGCAGCAGGGGCAGGAGUUCACCACGGACGUCACCCGCGGGGAUGGCUCGAGGGUCGUCGUGCUGGACCGCUCCUGCUCCUUCGAGAUCGACGUCCAUCACGGCCCCGCGGGCCACUGGUGCUACGGGCUCGAGGCCCUCCGCCAGGAGCUCGUCGGGCAGCUGGCCAUGGGCGGCACCGUGCUGGACGCCUGGUCCCACGUGGGCCAAUGGGGCGUCCGCUGCGCCAAGGCUGGCGCCCAGGAGGUGGUGCUGCUUGACGACUCCCUGAGCCUCGCGAAGGUGUGCCAGGACAACGUUGUCCGCAACGGGGUGGAGGCGCAAAGCACGGUCCUCCACCGUGGCAGCGUCCACGACGAGUUGCGCAACAUGACCGCGAGCGGCAUCCGCUUCGACUGCGUCGCGCUGAACGUGCGCGUGAAGUUCGAGCGGUACUUCAAGCAGCGGCACGGCCAGUUCGGCCGCUGGACCAAGCCCAGCCUGAAGGGCUACGCGACGGCCAUCAGCCUGGGCGCGCGGAUCACGGGCCGCGGAGGCUACCUCGUGGUGGCGUUCGUGCUGCCCCUGGCUGGGGAGCACUUCGCGGCCAGCCUGCUGCAGGACGGCCUCGAGCGAGCGUCGCGCACCGGCAGCAUCGUGUUCCACGCGUCGGGCGUCGACGAGAACUCGGCGCUCGCCUCCUCCGCCAUGGACGACCUCUGGGUCCCGGUGCUCCUCUGCGCCCGACUCAACUGACCUGGCCACCGCGGCGGAUGCAGGUCGCUCUUGCCUGGGGCCGCCGAGCAGGGGGACGACGUCUUCGUCUUGGAGGUGCGGCGCGGGGAACCGCAGCGGCUUGGAAUCUGCGUGGACGCACAGGCCUCCCCAG